CUCACUUAGGGUGUUGCUAUUCGACAGUGAGGAAGUGAAAAAAAAUUGACUUAAGCAUCGUAAAACUUAAUUUAGCUGAAAAUUUCUUGUCUAGAGUAAUUUGGAUAAUUUAUUUGAAAAGUUUAGCGUGUAAAUAUCCGUGAAACUUUACUAAUAGUUUGCAAUAAAUUUCUGUUCGGGUUUACUUUUAACUUUACAACGCAAACAAAGGACGUUUUCAGAAAGCUUGAUAAUAGAUUUAAUUGGUUUUUGAAGCAGUGAGAAAAAAAAAGUGAAAAGAAAUAAAGCGAAGGGAAAUGGAAAAGUCAACAAUCAUGAUUGAUAAUAAUCGCGUUCCAUCAAACGAAUUUCCCGACAUGAUGGGAUUUGUGUCGAUUGAUAAUAGGCCUGAGUUUUUUAUCGACCUAUUAAAUUCGACUUAUCUUAACGACACUUUUAUGUAUAAUGUCACAAACACCAGUCAAAGUUCUUUUGAUGGGAAAAACGAAGAAAGCAACACACUCGAGUUUAUUUUAAUGUCCUUGGUCACUGUGCUUUUGGGAAUUCUUAUUCUGAUAACAAUCAUUGGAAAUGUUUUCGUCAUCAUUGCCGUUUUAAUUGAAAAACACUUGCAGAAUUCAGGAAAUUACUUAGUAGCUUCGUUAGCUGUAGCGGAUCUGUUAGUAGCUUGUUUGGUCAUGCCAAUGGCGGCCAUUUAUGAAAUACAAUUUCAGAAUUGGGUUUUAGGCUCAGAACUUUGUGAGAUUUGGACAUCAGCUGAUGUUUUGCUAUGCACUUGCUCAAUUUUACAUCUCGUCGUGAUUGCAUUAGAUAGAUAUUGGUUCAUCACUGACGUAAAUUAUUCACGUACAAAUAAUCGUAUAUUUGGAAUGAUAGCAUUGGUUUGGCUUGUAUCGAUAUUGAUUGCUUUACCGCCGGUGUUUGGAUGGAAGGAUGAAAAUUACCAUGAACGCAUCGAAAAUCAUAAAUGUAUGAUAAGUCAGGAUAUCGGAUAUCAAAUCUUUGCCACUUUGACAACAUUUUACCUCCCGCUGAUCUUUAUUCUCGUGCUUUACUGGAGAAUUUACCAAGCAGCAAGAAAGCGAAUAAAUAAGCGAAAAAUCGAAACAUCGACAGUGAAAAAGCUGAAAAAAUCUGAAAAUCCUAAACCACAUUCGACACCAAAGUUUCGAUUUAAAAAACGAAUAAAAGUUCCUGCUGAGGAUUGGGACUCGUCACAGAACUCGGAAGCAAAAGCAUCAAUGCGUUCAAGCACGAAAUCGGAGAGCAAUUGUAACAACAGCGACAACAUGAACAACAACACAAUUGAAGUCGAAGAUGAUAGACGAGUUGCGGAUGAUGCUAUCGAUGUUGUCACAACAGAUUGUAACAAUAAGCUGCUCAAUCAGUCUGGAAACAGCGAAUCUGAAUUGAAGCAACGAGCUGAACAUGUCGAAAAUGAUAAUUCAGCGAAGAUUAAUGUUUAUGAGCAGAUUGCAAGAAGAAAGGAGCACAUUGCAAGUGAACGUGAAGCUCGUGUUCAACGAGUUCUCACCAUUAUCACGUCUGCUUUCCUUCUAUGUUGGGCACCAUUCUUUCUCUCAGUAUUAAUGUCGACAAUCUUCCACUUCGAUUUCAAUAUUCUAAACAGUUUCUUCUUAUGGCUGGGAUACUUUAACAGCUCAUUAAAUCCGAUUCUUUACAACAUUUUUAAUCCCGAGUUUCGUGCUGCUUUUAAGAAGAUUCUUCUUGGACAAAACCACAAACACUCUUUUUACAAGAGACAGAAAUUGUAAAUUCAUCUACAACUACAAACCACAACCGACAUCAAGAACCAAAAAAGAAACUUUACAUAUUAAAGAAUAAUUGUAAAAGAAAAAGCUUAAACAUAAUUAUCAUGAAGUUAAAUAAUUAAAUUAAAUAAAGUUAUUUCUGUGAAUUGAACAGUAGAGAGAGAAGGCAAAGAAAGAAAUCUUUUUUUAUUUUGAUCGUGUGUA